ACGACUGCAGUUCCACGACUGGGGGAAUUACUGGUGGUGCCAUAAUCGCCGAGUCGAAAAAGAAGCUCAAGAAGAAGAAAGAUAAGAGCAACAGUAAAACGCAGACGGAUCCAGACCCCGUGAAGCUGGAGUGGUCCGAGUUGGCGAGAUGUUUGUUGACGCUGAAGUCCAUUUCGACGAAUGAUGAGUGCCUUGAUGACGUCCUGCAGGGACUCGUGUCACAUACUCAGUCCCUUCUCAAACGGUUCCAACAAGUCCCCCCCGCCACCGAUAUUCCCCUCGACCCGCACAAAUGCCUCUCCGGCCUGCUCCACACACUCCUUUCGGUCGCCGUGCAAUGCCACCACAGCCGCGAAGAGCCCAAGAAAUACUUGUCUGACGUGCUAUGCGUCAUAGCGCAGUCCUGCCUCCUUCUCGCCACCGGACCUCACCCCCUCCAGUACACGGCCAUGGUGGAGAUGAAUAAAAUCGUCGAUGUGACCAUUGUUCACCGGCUCACGAAGGACAGCAGGGAAAUGGAGGCGGAGAAACAGGCAGCCGCCGCCGCCGCCGCAGCUGCCGCAGCGGCCACGACCAGUGGCGGGGGACCAGGUAUGACCGCAUCGCCGCACCAUUUGACCGUUUCCUCCACCCCAUCAAAGCAACAGCAGAGGGGGUCCGUGAGUAAGGGGGGUGGGGGCAGCGGUGGUGGUGGUGGUAUGGGUCCCACACCCACGACGGGGACCACCGGGACCACGAAAGGACCCUUUCAGAAGGCUAAAUCUAAAGACAUUCCAAGCAAAAUGACCAGCAAGGUGGCCUCUUCGGGGCAGGAUCUUUUAGCCGUUCUGGAGCCUGCUGUCGGACCAAUCGUAAAUAUUUUGCACAACGCUGUCACUUUGUAUAAACGAACUAUUGGAUCUCGUCAAAUAUGUACGCCAUCCGUCAGACGAAGGACCUGCAGUGCUCACUGUUUGCAAUUGCUGAGUGCGAGAAUCCUUGUCUUCCUCGUGCAUGCUCCCGCCGUCCAGAAAUCUUUGGUGAGUGAUGCGCCUCUUCGAAUACUUAUCGCCGCCUUGGACGCGACACAUGACCCGCAACUGCUCUGUCUCGUGCUGCAAAUCUUGGCAACUUUGGCCUUGGACCCCGCCCAUCACAAAGCGUUGAUGGACGCCGGGGUGGCGGACGCCCUGCCACCCCUGCUCCUUCCGGCGGACGAAUUUUUCUACACGAACCAUACGACUUUGUUUGCCCGAUAUGUGAAACAUCACGCGGCCCGAUUGCUCGUCUAUUUAGGCCUCCAUCACAGGUCGGCCUUAAGGAUCAGCGUUUUCGACCUUAUCACGGCAGACGAAUCCACUAUAUCGAGUGGGACCUUGGGGAAUGAAGACUUGUACAUCACGUGGACCUGUGCCACGCCUCCGCCCGUGCUUGGCCACCCCACCCAAGGCAGCGGCGGACUGCCCCCGAUCAUUGCAAUGUCCGUGGAAUCAACGCUUAUCAGAGUCCUGAAAUCGCUCGAGGGCGGCGGAGGUGCCCCGGGGUCGCCGUACUUGAGAGAGCAGCCUUCCAACUGGAUGAACCAAAGUCCGAGUCGAAACUGCUUCAGCCCUGUCCUCCACUUCAGAAGACAUUCCGCUGAAAGCCGUCGGGACAGCAUGGGAGGCCCUGAGCUGGACCCCGGAUUCGUACGGACAUUUCAAGCCUGUUACCCGGGCGUCGUGCACCCCACAAUUUUACUUCGCCUCCUCCUCCACCGCCUGCUGAGUACGGGGCUGGCCCUGCGACGGUGGAAAAGUUGUGCGUCUCGAGCUUCAUUUGCCUCCGCGUAUUCCGGCCAUUCUGGACACUCCAUUUUUUCCGUCUUCUCCGGAGAGUCCAGAACCUCUCGCAGUCGAGCUUCUAGCACCGACGAGUCUGUACCUUUAACCCUGCGACGAAGAAGACAAGUGAGCUUGACGGUGGAUUGUACCUCAGUGACAAACCCGGAAGGCGAGGAUUCCUCGAUUUUGCACGAAUUGGAGGAAACCACGUCACCCGCAGAGGCCCGGGAUGUCAUCUCCCCCACGAAGAAGGGGGGCACGAUUCGUGGGAUAUUUUCCAAGUGGCGGUCCUCCAGUCAAGAGGCCAGCGUGGACAAAGGGGACCCCGACGCCCACAGGCUCCUCUUGGCCGAGAGCGGAGGCGGCGGCGGCGGCGGGGGAGGGAAACAGAGGGAAAGCUCAAUUUUUGGACUGCUCCCGCUCGCCGCGUUGAGGGCGGCGGCGUCCCGGGAGAAUUUGGAUGAUGGGGGAAACGGCGCGAGUGUGGUGAACAGUCCGGGCGCGUCGCCGGGGGGGUCGCCGUCGUUCUUGUCGAAGCAGAGUUUCCGGUUUGGCAGCCUCCACCAAAAAACCAAGACCCGUCGCCUCAGUCGAAACCGUUCUUUAGACGUCGCUCCGGAAGUCAUCUCUCCAAAAGACACCCCGGAAGAAGAAAUCUACGCUUUUCAACGCCGCCUCCAAAACAUUCCUGACUUUUCCGACACUUCCGUCGAACCCCCUUCACCCCCCGCGAUUCCGCCCGCCUCGCCGCGCCCGCGGUCACGCUCCGUGCCAAAGGUCACGUUGGAAGCGCCGUUGCCCAUUCUGCCGGGAAUUUCGACGUCGCCGCCGCCCACGUCGCCCACGUCGCCAUCCGACAUGCCGUUUAUGCCGUUGCCCUCGACGGCCCACCUGCUCAGCCCUUCCUCCCCGGUGCGGGGGUUCCCCACCUCGUUACCCCAGCCGAUCCCCGCCCCCCCGCCGAGUCCCGGCUUGUUGACGCCACACUCGCCGAAAGCGGGGUCCUCGAGGGGUCCGAGUCCCUUUGACGAUAAGGGAUCGGCGGGAGGGGGGAGUGCGAAUGAUCGAAAUGACAAUAGUAGGAGGAACUCGGUGUCCCCCAGUUCGGGGGGGAGGAGACAUGAUAGCAUUUUUAUAUCGGAUAUGCCAAUGAUGCACAGGGCGGUGUUGCUCUUUGUGGAAGACUGGAUAACUACGGCGCGACCGCAAGGAAAAAGUUGUGUGAUUCGAGAGCUAAAAGACUUCGUGGCGCGGGUGUCGUCUUGUGGACCGCCGUACCUCCGCUGGGCCGACCAUAUCCGGAUCCUAUGCCCAGCCUUGGUCCAGGAGGAGGAAGCCCAUGAAAUCGAGUCGCUCGAAGCGAUCAAAUUAGACUAUUGGGAGAUGCAACGACUCGUUGUCGGGGGAAGUUUGCCGUGCAGCAAAGAAGAGGCCGCAAUUCUGGCCGGGAUGCAACUGCGCUUGGAGGAAUGUUGGCCGCGGUCGCGCCCACCAAGACUGCACCACACGGGACCUGCCCCAUCUCCCGCUGCGCCAAAUACGCCAAACGUUAAUGCCGACAAGAUAUCAAACACUCAUCGAACGGAGGAUGAUAAGGACUCUGCCUCCAUCCCACUCCUCUCUGACCGCUCAAACCCAUCCCGCUCCCUCGCGACAACAUCCGGCGGCGGCGGGGGUGGGGGUACCGACUACCCCAUCGAACUCCGCGCAGACGCCGAACUCCACGCGGACGAUCCUCCUCCCACCGCCGCCAUAAAACGGUCCGGAAUGGGGCGUGCCGUCUCCCUGUUGACCACGUGCUACUCAUCCUCCGAAGACAACGAGAUGUCGCUAUCCGCCUCCGCCAGGAUUGACGACUUGGUCCCACCCUGUUUCGUGCAUGCUGGAAAUAUGCCGAGAUUAAUUAAGGAGCAAAAGAGGAAAUUAUUUCACACGUCGGUCUACGAGUCGGCCACGCAGCUGCAGAAAUUGUAUGUCCAAACGUGUCGACGACUUCCAGCGUAUGGCUGUCGCCUCGUCGUCGUGAAGGAGCUUUUACGUGGAAAAACAAAGAAAAAGGCCACCCGAUUACUCGGUAUUGGACCGGAGAAAAUCAUUUUAUUGGAUUGUCGAACCAAAGUAUUGGCCAGAUCGCAGGCGACUACGGAUCUUAUCCAGUGGAGAGCUGGCGGAGGGAGAAAUCAUGACCGAUUGAUUUUAGAGUUCCGUGGUACGCGAUGGGAUCUUAAGGUGACGUGGUCGCUGCUGGUGCCGCCGUUGGGAAGUACGUCUUCAUGCGGGGUGUCUUGUGGUCACUUGGGAACGGUGGGUGGGCUUCGUGAAGCGGGGAGAGCUCUAUGGGCACUCCUGAGAGAAAUGGACACUAGCUUCCUGCAGGAAUUCACACUCCCCAGAAAAUCACUGCCGCUCGAUGCAGAAGCUUCAAAGAAACAAUGGAAGCUAGCAUACGUCAACUUAAGCCCUGAACUUGAAGAACUCGAAAAAGUCCUUCAUUUCCCGGAAGAAGUUGCGCUAGCAUUGGCUGAAACGGAAAGUGUCCUUUUCUGUCAGGUUGCCCCGCUGGAGUAUUUACGCCAUGUCACGCUCGACUUGGACGAAGUGGUCGCCGGCGGAGGAGGAGGCGGAGGGGGGACAACUGGUGGUCCUGCGGCUGACCAACAGGCAGGCAGUCAUCCCGGAAUUAAUAGCUUGGUCGAUCGAUUCACAGAGAUAAGCUCGUGGGUAACCCACCUGUUGGUCUCCCCACCGACGCACGAGGAGCGGAAAGCCGUCCUGUCCUGCUUGCUCCGUGUGGCCAAGUCUGCCUGGAACCUGGGCGCCUUCGGGAGUGCCGUCGAGAUCGUGGCUGGCUUAAAAUCUUCCAAACUAAAGCCGUUCUGGCUCUCGUUAAAUGAAAAAGAGGAUAUCGCGACGUUGGAAAUGUUGUCGAAAGCCUUGCUCGGAGAAAGUAUAGAAGUCGGUGGAGGUGGUUCUGGGGAGGGUGAGACGAGCACAAAAGAACGGAGGACAAUAUGGAGCGCCCCGGAGUACGAGGCAGGAUUGACGAGAGCCUUAAAAAUCCCGACAUGUCUGGUCGUCCCGUUUUUCGGGGCUUAUAUCAGAGAAUUAAGAAACGUGCUGCAAACCCCGUCCCUCGUCGUGGUCUCGACCGGAUCGGAGCAGCAACAGUUGCAGAGUUUACUGGAUCCCGAAGGGGAAGACGAAUACUUCACGAGAAUCGGUUCCGGCGGAUUGCUGAAUAUGAACAAGCUCCGCAAGGUGCAGGCCAUCCUGGAGAAAAUCGUCGUGGUUCAUCAACAUCAUGCUAAAAGGCUGCAAAAGGCUGCUUUUCUUAACACGGAUCGCCUCAGCAUCCACACGUCGAGCAUUGAGCGGUCCGGAUUUCCAGACGAUGAAGACUCGCAAGACAGCGAGGACGACUUGUACGGGAAUCUGGAGACGAUGAUCGACACUCGGAGUGGGGGCGGGGGCAACGCGAACUACAACCCGGUCCAGGCAAUCAGCCACGACCCGGGCAUUUCCUUCAUCCCCUUGACCGGGGACAAAAUCAAUAUUGACCAGCACAACUUGCAAGUUUUGCAUCAUGGGAGUACCGCCCUCCACGUCGACUGUGAUGGUCGAGCCUCCUUCGUCUACGUCCGCUUGGAACGGUCCUGUGGCACCUUAACGUGGAGUAAACCGGUCUGGAGCUCGCUCCGAUUUUCCCACGCCCAGCCCGACUUUCUCCUCACCGUGGACCCCGAGCUGAUCCCGAUUUCGGCGGGGAUGAUGUUGAAGGUGGGGUGUUACGGGACGGCGACGAAUGUGGCGGGGCCGAAUGCCCCGCCGUCCUGCCAGGGCCUCCCAGACAUCUCCAUGAACACGCUGGAAGAGGGCUACAUCGAUUUAAUCGGGAUUAAAGAGGUGGAAAGUGGGAGUAAAGAUGUCGACAUGUUGCCCACCAUGAAAAGGUAUGGAAUUGAACACUGGGCAAUUUCUGAGACGUGUGUUUCCCUCGUGUUUGGAAUUCUAUUGUGUGAUAAUCGAUCAACCUUCUUUGUCUUUCCGCCACGCCUUGCUUCAAUUUGGUUGAAUGGCCUAAGAUCCGUGGUGAAAGCGCUUCGUCGUGUCUUGGGAAAACCUGAUCGACGCCUGUUCUGGCUCAAGGAACAAUAUUUACAGUUGUUUUAUGAAGAAGGGAAAUGUUUAGCGCCCACCAUGGCCGAUGCGAUUAGGGUGUUUGGUGGGAGACGUUGGUCAUCCACCGUUCCGCAAGGAGUGACCCCAGACACGCCCCCGUUUAGGAGGACGGCCUCCGCAAAAUUUAGGAAGAAAAGAUCUCUCGCGAAUAUUCAUAUGAUUAAGGAAUCCUUCAUCCGCGGAAGUGGCGACCACGGAUCGACCGGUGGCGGGGGGGAUUAUCGUCCCCCCAGCCCCUCCGUGAAAGGGAGCGACUCCACCUCAACCCCAUCCCAUCAACAGUCGCUCGUCCGCAUUAAGAGCGCCGCCGCCAUGAUGCCCGCCACGUCCGUGGAUGGCGCGACGUUUCAACAUUCGCGCUCCUCCGCCCUCACGCACGAGACGCGACUCAUAUUUCAAAAUUUUGUCCAACUUUACCAAGCAUUUAGUUUAAGGUCACGAAAAGACCUGCGUGACUUGUUUGACUCGAUCGCCACUCCGCAAAAGGGAGGAAAUGACGGGGUUCAGGACGCUUCUCAACCCGAAUCUCCGGAACGGAGUCACUCCUCGUCUACUUCAGGCACCACUCCGAAACACGGCGUGGUGGGAACAGGGGCGAACGUAGCAUCGAAAUUGAAUAUGCAGCAAGGAAGUUCCUCAUCUUCUGGGGGAAAGCAGCACGAGACGAGUAAAUUCAUUUAUGACGCGAUCGCCUCCGCCAGCAUUGUGCAGAACGGGGCGGGUGUGGAAACAUCUCGGAGCAAAGUGAUCCCAAUCUUGGCCCUCACCAACUUUCUCAAGAGUCAACAAGGCGAGAGAAAGUCUGACAAGGAAGUCGUCGCCUUGAUAGAAAAAUACGAACCUGACGAAAAUUUACGAGCCCAGCAGUGCAUCUCGUUCGAGGGAUUUGCUCUGUAUAUGAUUUCCGGGCAGAAUUUGACCUUCGUGAGUGAGCGGAUUGUUCCCCAGGAGGAGGAAUUGGACCACCCGAUGGCGCACUAUUACGUCGCCGCCUCCCACAACACCUACCUAACUGGCCACCAACUCAAGGGAGAAUCCUCCGUGGAGCUGUACAGUCAGGUGCUCCUGGCCGGGUGCCGCUGUCUCGAGCUCGACUGCUGGGACGGGGACGACGGUGACCCCGUGAUCUACCAUGGACACACGUUCACCUCCAAGAUAACGUUCCGCCAGGUGGUCGACGCCAUAAACAAGAGCGCCUUCCUCGCCUCGUCCUACCCGCUCAUCCUCUCCAUCGAGAACCACUGCUCCAUCCAGCAACAGGCCCGCAUGGCGUGGACCUUCCAGACCGUUUUCGGGGAAAAACUAGUCUCCCGGUUCAUGUUUGACGUGGACUUUUCCGACGACCCGUGUCUCCCUUCGCCCGCCCAGUUGAAAAAUCGGAUUUUAAUCAAGAACAAGAAGCUGCAUGCGGAAAUUAUACCUAAUCCGCCCACAGCAGCGCAGCACGUGGUGUCGUCCGCGCAGGCGAGCGCGGCGCCGAGUGGGACGCGGAAUAGGUCGGGAAGUCGGCCCCAGUCGGCGAGGACGAAUAGUAUCGUGAGUAAUGUGAGUGGGGGGUCGAUGAAUGAUGAGUAUUCGGAUUCGGAGACGGAUUAUGAGGAUGAGCAAGAUGAACGUCUCGUCGUCUCCCGCCAAGCCUCCGAACAAGCCCUCCCCAUCACCCCCCGCACCGACUCCCUCACCUCUCAAGAAUCCAACGUCAAACCCCUCAAACGCGGCAUCUCCACCAUGAUUUCCUCCACCUCCUCCACCCACCACCACCCCACUCCCCUUCCCCUCACCACCACCACCGAACCCUCUUCCUCCUCCACCUACCCCCUCCUCGAUCUGGACGAAUCUCAAAAGAAAAAACAACAACAAAACUCUCAAAUCGCUCGGGAACUUUCCGACAUCAUAAUUUACAUCCAAGCCAUAAAAUUCUCCGGUCUUACGACCCUCUCCCCCUCCUCCUCCGUUCGAAACAAGCUCAUGCAACGGAAAAACAUUCUCCCCCCGUCCGGCCCCUCGCUCCCCAUCUCCCUCCCCGUCACGCCCACCACCUCCUCCUCCACUUCCGGUGGUCCCACCACCACCACCUCCGACCCCCCUCCCCCUCACCCCUCCUCCUCCACCUCCUCCCACCCCAACCGCCGCGUCAUCACGAACCACCCCGUCUACCAGUGCUCCUCCCUUAACGAAAACGCGUCCAAAAAACUAUGUCGAAAACAACCCCUGCAAGUCAUGGCGCACACGGAAACCCAGCUUAUCCGCUCUUAUCCGGCCGGCAUGCGGAUCGAUUCCUCCAACUUCAAUCCGCUUAUCUUCUGGGCCUUUGGGAUUCAAAUGGUCGCGCUAAAUAUUCAAACUGAAGACCCCACCGGCCACGUGAAUGCCGCCAUGUUCGAGCAAAACGGGCGGUGCGGGUAUGUCCUAAAACCGGCCGUGAUGUGGGACCGGAAUCACGUCAUGUAUCGCCGAUUUAACCCGCUUGAGAAGGAAUUUGACGGGUUGCACACGGUUCACCUGCAUCUCACCGUAAUUUCGGGGCAGUUCUUAUCCCCGGCGAAUUAUCAGAUAAGCCCGCUCGUGGAGAUUGAGAUUACCGGGAUUCCGAUCGAUUGUUCGAAGCAGAAGACCCGGGUGAUUUCGAGGAAUGCGUUAAAUCCGAUUUGGAAUGAGACGAUAGAUUUCAUUAUACAGUUUCGGGACUUGAGUUUUAUUCGGUUUAAUGUGUGGGAUACUGGGUCGAGUGGGGGUGGGCAUGUGAUAGCGCAGAGGGUGAUUCCCUUCAAGGCGUUGAGGAUGGGGUAUCGGCACAUUCGGUUGAGGAACACGAGGAGCCAGCCGUUACCGGUGAGCACGUUGUUUAUCCACGCGAGGGUGGAGGAGGAAGGGGAGGAGAUUCAUGAGGGGAAUAAGAGCUUGUCGAAGGAGGAUUCGUUGAGGGAUUCGACACCGGUUUCGGAAGGUGGCCACUUGAUCGGACCCUCCCUCACGAAAUCCUCCGUCGCCUUGAAACGCCGCAUGUUUUUCCUCGUCGUAUACGGCGUCGUUUCCGAAGAACCCUACACCGUUCUCAAAGUGACCCAGGACACCACGGCGGCCGAAGUGAUCAACUCCGCACUCCAAAAAAGCGGGCGCACCGGGGUCGAAACGGUGCGCGAGUACGUCCUCAUCGAAGAAGUGGCGCGGGGGUGGGACGCCAAGGAGAAAGAAUUGCCCCCCACGCAGCGCGUCCUCGACCCGAACGAGAAACCCCUCCAGUCGCAAGCGCAGUGGAAAGGGGAGGGGAAAUUUAUCCUGAAAAAGACCGGAAAUGACCCCUCCAGCAGGGCGUGGUUGUCCUCCAUUUCGGCGCGCGGGAGGGGCGGCGGCGGCGGCGGGAUGGGGGAUCCCGACUCCAGAGACAGCAACGACUUGAGUCAGUGGGGGGAAGAUGAAAACUUUUUAGUAUGUGUUCACAACGUAUCGCAUGAGAUUCCGUAUGCUAUUUUGAAGGUUCCUGUUCGAAGCACUGCUCAAGACAUAAUUACGCAAGCCUUCGUAAAAGCGCGUCGCUUGGAGGACCCCUCAAAAUUCGUCCUCGUCGAAGAGCUUGAGCCCAUGGUCCCCUCCACCUCGGGGUCCGGCGGGGGGUCCGACUCAGCUGGGUCGUUUCGUAAAAAGGCCGCACAACGCGCAAUCAGCAGAUGGUUGGAAGAUGAAGAAAACGUUUAUGAAGUUCAGCUGAAAUGGAAUACGGUUGGGAGAUUCGUCCUCCGCGACCGGAAACAAGCCCUCGCCAUCUGCGGCUCUUCCGGGGGCUCCUCCUCCUCCAAACCUGGCUCGAGUGGGGGCGACCGUCUCAAAAAAGGAAUCCGGGCCUCCACCCUGGCCAGAUUUUCGAAACUCAAAAACCGCAGUGGGGGAAGUAGCACAAGCAGCGGGGGCGGCAGUGGGGGCCCUUCCACCUCCACCUCUACGACCACUGGGACAUCUAAAAACCGCGAAAAAGCCCGCCAAUACUUAACCGAACGACACGCCAUGAGCCUACACGACUCCGCCACGCACAGCAGCGCGCGCCCGCGCAAAGUCAAAUCGCGCCGGAGCGCGCAUUCGGAAGGGGAAACCCUUUCUGAUGAGGAAAUUCCGCACGAAAUCGAUUUCAAAUCCACCGUCGCGCGUUUAAAGAAAGUUUCUCUAAGGAAAUUUAGAGUUUGGAAAUAAAUAGACUAAAUUCUGGCCGGAAAUAUGCAAAUUUUUACAAUUUUCAAAGAACAGACGGAGGGGAAAAUCAACCCUGUUAUAUAUUUUUAUACAAAUUUUCGUUUCCUUUUCCACCCACUUUUUCACCAGGGACGCAAUAAUAAUUUUACGGCACAAGAAAUCCCCCCGCCCCCCCAAAUUGUUUCUAUAAUUAAAUAAUUAACUAACUACAAAUAUGACAUUCAUUAAUGGUGCGAAUAAUUAGUGCUAAAAAUUUGCAUAUGUACUAAAAUAUCUCCUAUUUAUCUCUCUUUUUCCUCGCUAUCAUUGUUCCCAUUUCAUGGACACUUAAAUCGUUUUUUUGAAAAAAACGAGCACAAAAAUUGCAUCUAUAAGAAUGCAAGCGUUGUUCAGUCCUGUGAUAUUUAACCUUUUUAUAUCUUAAAAAUACUAUUUAUUAUCAUGUUAUAAAUACAGACCUUAAAAAACUCUACUAAUAACUUUUAACUAAUAAUUACUAAUUAAUUAAUUAAUUAAUCAUCAUCAUUAAAUUAUUAUGAACUAUUCUUAUCUACAAACAAAAAGAACAAAUACCGACCUUUCAUUAUCAACUUACUUUAAAUGAAGUUAGUUAACUAAAUAUCUCUUUAAUAAAGUAUUAAUUAAGUAUUAACUAAACUUAAUUAAUUAAGCAAGGUGUGAAAUCCCAAUAAUUAAAUAUUUAAAUAACCAAUUAAUAAGUCUUGCUCACCCUGCUUUUGAGCUACAUAAAGAUUUUUUAUACUUGUUUUUCCACCCUCUGUAUUAACAUAAAUAUUUACAUAGUUUUAUAAUUAAUUAAUUAAUUACAUAAUUAAAUUAAGUAUAGAUUAAUUAAAUUAAGCAGUAAUGAAAUGACUCUGGUAGAAAAAAAUGUGGUGACAAUUGUUAUAUACUUUUUAAGUAAAUGCAUAUUCCUUGUUCCAUGUUUAAAUAUCCUUCUUAGGAAAGUAUUUACAUAUUUAAUAGUUAGUUAACUAUAGUUACAUAAUUAUGUAAUUUAAGGAAAUUUUUUGGUUCUGUUAGUUUUACAAUUUUGUAGAGAUAAGUUGUUGGUCUUAUCUUACCUUAUCGUUAGUUUGUUAAGUAGUGUAUUGCAAAAAACACAGAGAUAUUUGUGUAAAAAACUGGCUGGUCCGAGACCAUUAAUUCUUAACUCUUUUACGUGUAUUGAUUGGUUCGUCGAUGCAAAAAGAUGCCACACAUGCACAAAAAGAUGAUAUCUUGGAUUAUAAAUUGUUGUAUUGUAUUUUACCGUUAGCCGUGUCACCACAUUUGUAAAUACAUAUUUAGGGAGGAAAAGGUUAAUGUGAUGAUGUAUGUAUUUAGGGGAGAAAUGGUGUAAUUUUUGCCAUAAUUUGGAUACAUUAUUGGCCAAAGAAACGUUGAUUUAUUUCUACGAUAAGCUAGUUAACUUGCCAUUUAGCUGGAUGACUUAUCACCAAAAUUACCACAUUUUUAAGCAUUUCUCCCCUCUGGGAACUUAUUUUAAAAUUUCUGAACGACACAUUUGUAGAGCAGGGAGUUGUCAAUUUUUUUAAAUAUACACUCCAGAUUUUGACACUUUUAUUGCCGGGGGAGACCUUAAGUUUUUAAGAAGCUUUCAGAAAAAUUGGUAGGAUUCAAUGAAAAUCGUCAAAAUUACAACAUUUUUAAUCAUUUCUUACCCUCUGGGAACUUAUUUUAAAAUUCUGAACGACAAAUUUGUCCUCAGUGAGU